AUGUCCACGCCUUCAACUCCCGGUGACUCUCCUGCCCCAAUCCAGCCGAUGCACAAUCCUUCACAAGCAGCCCAUAUCGUGGUCCCACAAGGACCACUGGGUAACGCCACGAACGGGGCCACGAACGGGUUGGGGGCUAAGGCUCUACUGGCGAAGAGGAUGGCGAAGGGCAGCCACCCGCAAUUUGUGUCACCCACGGAUAACUUGCUCACCCCAGUUACUAAAAAGUUGACCGCUGCAAAGCAAAAGCACUUCGUGAAGGAGGUGAAACCCAUUGGCGACCUUUUUGGCUCCAAGGAGCGAUCCUCCGAGGAACGGGCAAGCGAGAGCGAUGCCGAGUCUACAGACUCUUUGGAACUCUCGAAAGCAAAGACAACCGCAGCAUCAACUGUACCAACAGACGAAGAAGAAAAUCCGUUCUAAGCCAAGAUAAACAUCUUUCUGAUGGCAGACGUUGUUGUGUAAGAGCUAGCGCUUCGAUUCCCUCCCUUCCAUUAUCUGUCGUCGUAUUAUUGCUCGUUGGUUGUCUCGCUAAAUGUUGUCCUGUACUACGUGUCUCUGUAUGUGGGUAUCCUUUUUGUCUCUGAUUGUGUUUUCUGUAUCGAAGUCACUUUGUUUCCCACG